AUGUCUUGGCUACGAUCGACGAGUGACGUGAUCGGUUUCCUUCUGCUUUCGGCGAUAACAAUCAUCAAAGCAAUUGUUAAAUCAUUUAUACCAAGAAAAUACAAGAUGAAAAGUGUCGCGGGUGAAAUAGCUCUUGUAACCGGUGGCGGUGGAGGGCUUGGAAGGCUUCUGUCAUUGAGGCUGGCGAACCUAGGAGCUAUCGUCGUUGUUUGGGACAUCAACGAAGCCGGAAUCCAAGAGACGGUGAAUCUGGUGCAGUCAGCUGGGGGCACCUGUUACGGUUACAUAUGUAAUCUCCGGAAUAAAGAAGAUGUGUAUAAGAAAGCUGCAAUACUGAAAGAAGAAGUGGGAAAGGUAUCGAUACUCAUUAAUAACGCUGGAGUGGCUAUUGGCAGAAAAUUUCUCGACACUCCUGACGAACUCAUCACGAUGACAAUGGAAGUUAAUGUUAUGAGUCACUUUUGGACUGUCAAAGCUUUCCUACCUGACAUGAUGAGAAACAACAAAGGGCAUAUCGUUAGCAUAGCGAGUUUGGCUGGUCAUGUUGGUAUCCCAAAACUCGUUGAUUAUUGCGCCUCGAAAUUCGCUGCUGUCGGAUUUGACGAGGCCCUUCGCAUGGAACUGGAGUCUGAUGGAUACGACAGCAUUCAAACCACAGUGAUUUGUCCGUAUUUCAUACGCAGUACCGGAAUGUUCGAAGACGUCCAAUCAAGAUUUCUGUCGACUUUGAGCUCGAAUGAAGUCGCUGAUCGAAUAAUAUCGGCAAUGAGAUGCAACGAGAAAUUUGCUAUUGUUCCUGGUUAUCUCCAGGGCCUCUUAGCAGCGAAAUGGAUCGUCCCCUGGAAUUGUGCGGCCAUGUUCCUACGUGGUUUGGUUCGCGAUGCAUCACCAGAGCCUCAAAAGACUCCAGCAACGAUGGAUCAUCAGAACCGUGAGCCGUCAAAAGAUCAAAAUGCCCUUCAUCAACAGCUCGCAAGGCGCAUCUCGAGCUCCGAGAGAAAGCCCUAACAUAUUUUCGUGUUUGUUACAAAAAUAUUUGUUAAUACUAAUACCUCAAUUGAGUAACUCAAUCGCGACGUAAGGUGAAUCAACAAUGGUUGUGAUGUGGAUUAUAAUGACAUUAAAAAAUGUGCCAACCUGUCGACAGCCGAUAUUCAGUAGCUGAAAUGGCAACGAGCAGUAGAAUAAUUUCCAUUUUUUAAUAUCACGCGCAAGAAAAUCCUGAUUCUCAGUUCUCAGUUAACUGUACAUAUCCUGAAAGUACGUGCACAUAAUUCCCGAUAAAUUGUACAUAUUUAAAAUUACUUGACUAAAGAUAUACCGCGCCUGAUGCGAUGAUAUGAUAAUCAACUAAUAGUAAUUGUAAUUUAGACUAGAUUAAGUGCCAUGACUUGCCGUCAGGGCCGUCGCUGUGCGACGCCAGAUCAUGGGGUGAAUCAUAAACUACUUUAUUUUAUAAUAAUCAAGAUGGGAUAAGUGUGAAAUUAUUUUUAUGACAAAUAUACAGAGCUCCAUAAUAUCUAAGUAA